AUGUUGAGAACUCAAGCCGCCAGAUUGAUCUGCAACUCCCGUGUCAUCACUGCUAAGAGAACCUUUGCUUUGGCCACCCGUGCUGCUGCUUACAGCAGACCAGCUGCCCGUUUCGUUAAGCCAAUGAUCACUACUCGUGGUUUGAAACAAAUCAACUUCGGUGGUACCGUUGAAACUGUUUACGAAAGAGCUGACUGGCCAAGAGAAAAGUUGUUGGACUACUUCAAGAACGACACUUUUGCUUUGAUUGGUUACGGUUCCCAAGGUUACGGUCAAGGUUUGAACUUGAGAGACAACGGUUUGAACGUCAUCAUUGGUGUCCGUAAAGAUGGUGCUUCUUGGAAGGCUGCCAUCGAAGACGGUUGGGUUCCAGGUCAAAACUUGUUCACCGUUGAAGAUGCUAUCAAGAGAGGUAGUUACGUUAUGAACUUGUUGUCCGAUGCCGCUCAAUCCGAAACCUGGUCUACUAUCAAGCCAUUGUUGACCAAGGGUAAGACUUUGUACUUCUCCCACGGUUUCUCCCCAGUCUUCAAGGACUUGACCCACGUUGAACCACCAAAGGACUUAGAUGUCAUCUUGGUUGCUCCAAAGGGUUCCGGUAGAACUGUCAGAUCUUUGUUCAAGGAAGGUCGUGGUAUUAACUCUUCUUACGCCGUCUGGAACGAUGUUACCGGUAAGGCUCACGAAAAGGCCCAAGCUUUGGCCGUUGCCAUUGGUUCCGGUUACGUUUACCAAACCACUUUCGAAAGAGAAGUCAACUCUGACUUGUACGGUGAAAGAGGUUGUUUAAUGGGUGGUAUUCACGGUAUGUUCUUGGCUCAAUACGAUGUCUUGAGAGAAAACGGUCACUCCCCAUCCGAAGCCUUCAACGAAACCGUCGAAGAAGCUACCCAAUCCCUAUACCCAUUGAUCGGUAAGUACGGUAUGGACUACAUGUACGAUGCUUGUUCCACCACCGCCAGAAGAGGUGCUUUGGACUGGUACCCAAUCUUCAAGAACGCUUUGAAGCCUGUCUUCCAAGACUUGUACGAAUCUACCAAGAACGGUACCGAAACCAAGAGAUCUUUGGAAUUCAACUCUCAACCUGACUACAGAGAAAAGCUAGAAAAGGAAUUAGACACCAUCAGAAACAUGGAGAUCUGGAAGGUUGGCAAGGAAGUCAGAAAGUUGAGACCAGAAAACCAAUAA